CACGCUGGACCCAAACCGGAAGUGCGUCCCUACUUUGACCUGCACAGUGUCUUCAGUUUUCAUCACUAAAAUGUUGUUUUAGCCGCUAAAAGGAGACAUGUUUACCCUAAAAGCACUAAAGAAAAACAGAACAAUCAAAUAUGGAGUCCCCAUGCUGCUGCUCGUAGUCGGAGGUUCCUUUGGCCUGCGAGAGUUCACACAAAUCAGAUAUGACUCCCAGAGGAUCAGGAAAAAGCUGGAUCCGUCUCUGGAGGCCAAAGUGAACGUGGAGCGGCAGCCGGUCAUCCUGGAGGAGGAGUACGAGAAGAUAAAGAAGGUGAAUAUGGAGGAGUGGAGGAACAUCCGGGGCCCUCGUCCCUGGGAGGACUCGAGGGAAUACCAGGACCAGCAGAGGAGCCGGCUGGACGAAAAACCCAGAGGAUAAGAGAUGGAAUCCACUUGUGUUGGAUUCACAGUUUGUCAUUUGCUUGUAACGGAUUAACCUGGACGUUCAAAUGACGCCACAUGAUCCCAAAACCUUGAAAUAAGUUCAGGGUUAGUCUUAGAUUUAAAGAGUGGUGCAGGAAUGAGUCCUAAAAUCCGGAAAUUAGUCGGCAUUUGAACACGUCCUGUCCCCUGGUCUUGAAGUCGAUGGUUUUCUGGCUGUGGUUAACACAAGCUGAAGAGAUUUGAAUUCUGCGACAUUAAAUACGUCAGUAAAUAACCCACUGUAAUACAAUAAUCCCAAAUCACAUGGUGAAAUCCCAUUGGACCAGAGAGAUGCUGCCUUCAGGGUCCAACACAGAUAAUACGCCACACCUGAAUAGAAACACACCACUGAAUAGAAACAACCACAAGGAGUCACAUCUGCUGCCGCACUUUCCACACUGAUGGCAAAAUAAAUAUACUUAUAUGAUUUCUAUGUCUGAAUAAAUCAUAUUAUAUUGAU